AUGGCCGCCCUGCAGAAAUCUGUGAGCUCUUCCCUGAUGGGGGCUCUGGCCACCGGUUGCCUCCUUCUUGUUGCCCUGUGGGUGCAGGGAGGGGCGGCCGUGCCCGUCAGUUCCUACUGCAGACUUGACAAGUCCAACUUCCAGCAGCCCUAUAUCACCAACCGCACCUUCAUGCUGGCUAAGGAGGCUAGUUUGGCAGAUAACAACACAGAUGUCCGUCUCAUUGGGGAGAAGCUGUUCCGUGGUGUCAAUAUGAGUGAGCGCUGCUAUGUGAUGAAGCAGGUGCUGAACUUUACCCUUGAAGAAGUGCUGCUCCCCCAGGCUGAUAGAUUCCAGCCCUACAUGCAGGAGGUGGUGCCCUUCCUGGCCAGGCUCAGCAACAAGCUAAGUGCAUGUCAUUUUGAGGGUGAUGACCAGCAUAUCAAGAGGAAUGUGCAAAAGCUGAAGGACACAGUGAAAAAGCUUGGAGAGAAUGGAGAGAUCAAAGCAAUUGGAGAAUUGGAUUUGCUGUUUAUGAGCCUGAGAAAUGCCUGCAUUUGA